GCCACUCCUCCGCUCCUGUCAGGGUCCCGGAAGGCAGCGGAAGUGGUGGAGGGAAGAGCGGAGGAGGCCCACCAGACCAGACCCGACCCCCGGAGGCCGGCGCUGCCCGCCCAGCCGCCUCCCUCUCGCCAUGAAGUCCCGCUUCAGCACGGUCGACAUCCGAGCGGUGAUCGCGGAACUCCGCCACAGCUUGUUGGGAAUGAGAGUAAACAAUGUUUAUGACGUGGAUAAUAAGACGUACCUCAUCCGUCUCCAGAAGCCAGACUGCAAGGCGACACUUCUCCUCGAAUCUGGCAUUAGGAUCCACACGACCGAAUACGAGUGGCCCAAAAACAUGAUGCCAUCUGGCUUUGCAAUGAAGUGUCGUAAACAUUUAAAAACCCGGAGGCUUGUGAGCGUGAAGCAGCUUGGUGGUGACAGAAUUGUAGAUUUCCAGUUUGGGAGUGACGAAGCAGCCUACCACCUGAUCCUCGAGCUCUAUGACAGGGGCAAUAUCGUUCUUACUGAUCACGAAUACCUGAUUCUCAAUAUCCUGAGGUUUCGUACAGACGAAGCAGACGAUGUCAAGUUUGCAGUGCGGGAACACUACCCGGUUGCUCAUGCCAAAGGAGCAGUGCCCUUGCCCAGCGUGGAAAGGCUGAUGGAAAUCAUUACCAGGGCACCUAAAGGAGAUCAGAUAAAGAGAGUACUAAACCCCCACCUUCCAUACGGAGCCACACUUAUUGAACACUGCCUUAUAGAAACAGGAUUUUCAGGAAAUGCCAAAAUAGAGCAGAUAGAAAUCAAAGAUGUUGAAAGGAUUCUUGCCGCUUUACAAAAAGCAGAAGAAUAUAUGGAGCUAACAGACAACUUUAACGGCAAGGGCUACAUCAUCCAGAAGCGGGAGAAAAAGCCGAGUCUGGAGCCCACCAAACCUUCCGAAGAAAUCCUCACAUAUGAGGAAUUCCACCCUUUCUUGUUUUCCCAACACUCAAAAUGCCCAUAUGAGGAGUUUGAAUCUUUCAACAAGGCAGUGGAUGAAUUUUACUCCAAACUCGAGGGCCAGAAGAUAGACUUGAAGGCACUACAGCAGGAGAAACAAGCCUUGAAAAAGCUGCAGAAUGUCCGGCAGGACCACGAGCACCGCCUUGAAGCGCUACAUCAGGCUCAGGAAACGGACAAGGUGAAAGGUGAACUCGUGGAAAUGAACCUCGAGAUGGUGGACCGAGCCAUCCAGGUGGUCCGGAGUGCCUUAGCCAACCAGAUUGACUGGACGGAGAUCAGGGCCAUUGUCAAAGAAGCCCAGGCCCAGGGGGACCCAGUGGCAAGCGCCAUCCAAGAGCUGAAGCUGCAGACAAACCACAUCACCAUGCUCCUGAAAAAUCCUUAUGUGUGCUCAGAGGAGGAGGAGGAGGAGGAGGAGGAGGAGGAGGAGGAGGAGGAGGAGGAGGAGGAGGAGGGAGAUGCUGAACUGGAGGCGGCAGAAGAGCCAAAGGUGGGGAGGAAGAAGAAGAAGAAGAAGAAAGCCAAGCAGCUGCAGCUGCCUCAGAAGAACAAGCCCUUGCUGGUGGACGUGGACCUCAGCUUGUCUGCUUAUGCCAACGCCAAAAGGUAUUAUGACCACAAGAGGCACGCGGCCAGAAAAACCCAAAAAACGGUGGAAGCAGCCGAGAAGGCCUUCAAAUCAGCAGAGAAGAAGACCAAGCAGACGCUGAAAGAAGUUCAAAUCGUUUCCACCAUUCAGAAGGCUAGGAAGGUUUACUGGUUUGAGAAGUUCCUGUGGUUCCUGAGCUCUGAAAACUACCUUGUUAUAGCCGGACGAGACCAGCAGCAAAACGAAAUGAUUGUCAAGAGGUACCUGAAGCCAGGCGACAUCUAUGUGCACGCUGAUCUCCACGGAGCGACCAGCUGCGUCAUCAAGAGUCCAACAGGCAAUCCCAUCCCGCCCCGGACCCUCACAGAGGCAGGCACCAUGGCCUUGUGUUACAGCGCAGCCUGGGACGCCCGGGUCAUCACCAGCGCCUGGUGGGUGCAUCAUCACCAGGUGUCCAAGACGGCCCCCACUGGAGAGUACCUGACCACAGGAAGCUUCAUGAUCCGAGGGAAAAAGAACUUCCUGCCCCCUUCCUACCUGAUGAUGGGCUUCAGCUUCUUAUUUAAGGUGGACGAAUCCAGUGUGUGGCGACAUCGAGGGGAGCGGAAGGUCAAAGUGCAGGAUGAAGACCUGGAGGCUGUGGCCAGCAGCACCAGCCAGCUGGCAGCCGAAGAGACGGAGCCCCUGGAUGCACCAGAUGGAGACGGCGGCAGCAGCAGCAGCAGCGAAGAGGGUGAGCCCCAGGAAAAGCCUGAGCAUGAGGGAGAGCCGGCUGAAAUCCCUCCCUCCAACAGAGAUGGGGACGGGGCAGGAGAUGCCCUGACUCCAGCGGGGUCAUCCGAUGAGGAGAAUGCAGACUCUGAGGAAGAGGGCGAAGUCGGUCAGGAACCAGCCCGGAGAGCGGAGGAGAUGCCUUUUCCAGACACAACCAUUGAUCUCUCACACCUCCAGUCCCAAAGAGCCCAGCUGAAGCCUGCUUCCAGGGAGGACACCUCCAGCCUGAGCGAUGGCAAGUCCCAGGGCCGGAGGCAUCUCUCAGCCAAGGAGCGGAGGGCAAUGAAGAAAAAGAAGCCGCAAAGUGACCCAGACGAUUCUGACCCCUCCUUGCAGGGGAAGGAAGAAGACGGCGGUGCUCAGCUCUCUCCUCCCCUUAGCACGAACAAGAAUGCCGGCACCCAGCAGCCUGUGAAGAGGGGCCAAAAGAGUAAACUGAAAAAAAUCAAGGAGAAGUACAAGGACCAGGAUGAGGAAGACCGUGAGCUCAUCAUGAAGCUGCUGGGGUCUGCAGGGUCAACCAAAGAAGAGAAACCAAAGAAAAGCAAGAAAGGGAAGACGAAAGAGGAUUCUGCCAAGAAACAGGCCCAGAAGCCGAGGGGGGGCCAGAGGGCUGGGGGGAGGCCCGGAAUUGAAGAGGUCACCCCCGAGUUACCAGAUGUGGCUUUGGAGGAGAACCUGGAUGAGAAGGAGGAACAGCCCGUGAACGAGGUAAACUCCACCGCUGGAUUUCUGGGAGAGUAUUUGGGAGGCCUCCACCUUCAGGAAGGGGAGACGCUGUUCGACUCGCUGACUGGGCAGCCCCACCCCGAAGACAUCCUUCUCUUUGCUGUUCCCGUCUGCGCCCCGUACACCACCAUGACCAACUACAAAUAUAAAGUCAAGCUGACGCCAGGCACGCAAAAGAAGGGGAAAGCUGCAAAGACAGCCUUGCAUAAUUUCAUGCAGUCCAAGGAGACGACCUCGAGAGAGAAGGACCUCUUCCGCAGUGUGAAGGAUACAGACCUAUCCAGAAAUAUUCCCGGCAAAGUAAAGGUGUCUGCUCCUAACCUCAUGAGGAAGAAGUGACGACCGCCUCUCAGACCUGCAGCUUGGAGUGGUCUUUGCCCACUGACACGAGCUCCUUCUGGUUUCACUAAUAAAAUCCAAUAAGCUGACGGUGA